AUGGCACAAAUGCAUUCAUAUAUUAUAACAAAUGCAAAAUCAGAAUUAAAGUUUUUAAAUGAAAACAUUUCUUUAGAAACUCUUGAUGAAACUUUUGAUCAAAUUGCAUCAGCAAUAGUAAAUAGAAAUAUAGAAGAAUUAAUUAAUGAUAAUUUAGAAAUCAUUGAUUAUAUUGAUUUAUCAGCAAGUAUAUUAAAUGCAGAUAAUAUUAAUUGUGAUAAACAAGAAGAAGAAAUCAGAAUUGAUCAUGAAGAUCUAGAUUUUGAU